AUGAUCUCGCACCAGUGGUCUGCUGUGCUCGUCGAGUGCACCGCGCUGAUGUGUGUCGUCCAACAUGUCUCUGGCCAGAUGAGUCCGGGAAGAACUGCACGUCGACUUUCCGAAGCUAUGAAGCCACGUUCUUGUCUGCCAACACGAUGGAGUACGCUACAGCACCUCAUGUCGCUUCCACGUAAGGACGGUAUUCCUUCGUGUUUGCUGUGUCGUGAACCGUUGUAG